AAAGUAAGAGCGCACACUUCAGCGGCGUCACCGGAUUUCUGAGGAGUCCGGGAGCAGAAUGAGUCUGGAAUAGACCAUAAAACUAACUCUGAGAUCGGGGAUCUGAGGAGAAAGAGCGGAGAUCUGAGAGCGGUGCAGACUCAGUCCGUCUCCUGAUGGGUGAGGAGAGAUCUGAGAGCGGAGCAGACUCAGUCCGUCCCCUGAUGGGUGAGGAGAGAUCUGAGAGCGGAGCAGACUCAGUCCGUCCCCUGAUGGAGCUCAGAGCUGUGGUGUUUGGGGGGAAGUUUGCUGGGAAGACCACACUGAUCAAUGCCGUGUUUGGAAAAGACUUCCUGCCGAAUCAGAAGAGGACUGCUCAGUGUGAGAAGCUACAGGGAAAUGUGUGUGGAAGAGAGCUGACGCUGGUUGACACUCCAGGCUGGUGGAAGCAUUUUCCACUGAGCGACACUGCAAACUUUCUGAAAAAGGAGCUCGUUCAAGGAGUUUCUUUGUGCCAUCCAGGACCCCACGCGAUCCUACUGGUCAUCGAGAUUGACAUUCCAUUCACAGAAAAGCACAGGAAAACUGCAGUGGAUCACCUUGCACUCCUUGGUGACCAGAUCUGGACACACACUCUUGUGCUGUUCACUAGAAGCCGCUCUCUGGGGAAAAGAACUAUAGAACAGCACAUUGAAAAAGAGGGGGAAGCUCUAAAGUGGCUGAUAGAGAGAUGCGGGAACAGAUAUCAUGUCUUUGACAGUACAGUCUCAGAUAAUACAUCUCAGGUGACGCAGCUGCUGGAAAAGAUUGAGGAUAUAGUGCGAAUAAAUGAUGGUGCUCAUUUCCAAAUUGAGGCAAAGAUACUGGAGGAGACUGCAGAGUGGAAGACGACUGUGAUGACCAGAGCAAAGUCCAGAGAGUUAAAACAACGAGAACGACUUGAGAAAGAGGCUAGGGUCGCGGUUGCAAUAGGGAAAGCAGAGAAGCCCAGAUAG